AAAACAUAAUGUCAACUACAGAUCCUGAAUGCAAGAAGCUUGUUGAUCAGACAGAUCAUGAACUUAAAGAGGAGCUCAUUCCAAAGGAAACCAAAGACCAUCCUCACGUAUUUAACGAAACAAAGAGCAUCAUCUUUGCCUUACUUACGGGAUGUUUCUAUGCACUCCAUAACUUCACAUUGGGAGGUCUUGCCAAAAUGGGCUAUCUAGCCAGGUUUGAUACAGGCAUAGGCAUGGGUAUUGGAGCAGGUAUAUAUUACACAUACCAGUUUAUACAAACCAAGAGGAAUAACCAAAAGUUCUUUGACUGGAAGAAAUCCAUUUUCAGAAAUCAAAAUACAGAGAUCCCUGAAUAUCAAAGAGAGAAGUUUGAGUACUGGAUCCUAGCUGGAGUCAUAAGUAUAGCAGUACUUGCUGUUGGGUUUGGAAUUGUUGUUAUAAUCUCCUUCAAACUUGCUCUAGAAGGAGGUAUGAAUCAAGGAAUCAUCACAGCUAUUUAUGGAAUGACCCCUUUCAUUGCCUCUAUCUUGUUCUAUCUCAAGUUUGGAGAAACACUAAAAGUAUCCCAACUGAUAGGAAUGGUCUUCAUGAUAGUUUGUAUAAUUAUGAUCGGGCUUUUAAGGGCUCCUUCUGAAGAGGCUUCUGCUCGAGAAGAUUACAAUCCAAGCGGAGUAGCAAUUGCUUUAAUAUUAUCGAUUAUUUGUCCUUUUGCAUUUGCUCUAAACGGACUUAUUAUCAGACUUUUGUGAAUGAAAUAUAGAGUUAAUGUAAAUGAGCUCAACCAAACAGCCCUUUUGUGUCAAGGAGGACUGGUUCUAAUUGGGUCAAUAAUCGGAUACUCAGCAGACAAUUAUGAAUUCAUCUGGUUUGAUUUUUUACAAAUGAUCUUAGCAGGCAUUAUUGUCAAUGCAGGAGGAAGUUUAGGAGCAGUUGCUGUAUCUAUAGGCAAUGCAGGCGUGGCUUAUUCUCUUUUUAACACCCAAGUGAUUAUCUUCAUCUUGCUAGCUGCUCUUCUAUUAGGCCAAAUACCCACCACGAUUGAAAUAGUGGCUGUGGCCUUUGGAAUUGUGGGUUCCUGCAUCAUGUCUCUUGGGCCAGAGAUUCACAAAAAAUUAUCCAACAUUUUUAGACGUGAAUAACAAACCUCAAAUGACUAUCACAAUGAAGCAAAUAAUUACUGGAUAAUUUCAAUCUAUC